AUGGACUUUUAUGCUCAUUCAUCUAAUAUGAUUCAGAAAACUUGCAAAGAAACCUACGAACUAGAUAACAGCAGCUGCUCUUAUGUUCUUGUAGCGACUGCUGCUUCGUCCAGACGUCCAAAACAAGCAUAUCCUGUCAAUUUCACCGUUGAUCGGUUAAAUGAGGUGACUACUGCUGUAGCCUCUGUUGAUGGCCGUAUGCAGCGGGAGAUUGUUUUCGUGAACCUAGCAGUAAUUCACCCUCUUGGUGUUAUUUCUCUGGAUCGCUCUCGGCCAUCUUUUUCACGUGUUUAUUCUUGCACUCAACGUGAUGUUAUCAUCUGUCUACACGAAAAUGGUAAUUUGAGCGUGUAUGCUCGUCGUGGGCUUGCCUUAGCGAUGGACUUUUAUGCUCAUUCAUCUAAUAUGAUUCAGAAAACUUGCAAAGAAACCUACGAACUAGAUAACAGCAGCUGCUCUUAUGUUCUUGUAGCGACUGCUGCUUCGUCCAGACGUCCAAAACAAGCAUAUCCUGUCAAUUUCACCGUUGAUCGGUUAAAUGAGGUGACUACUGCUGUAGCCUCUGUUGAUGGCCGUAUGCAGUUCUGGCAACUGCGAUCUAUUAGAAAAUCAUUUAUGGAAAAUGAAGAACAAAAACCAGUUUGGAGUCUAUCCCACCUGAUACCACAUGAAUCAAUGGAAAAUAACUGAGUGAUGCGUUGACGCAAUUGUAUGACAUCAUACUUGAGAAAAUCUUAUUUUUUGCCAGAAUAUAACUAUGUGCACAAGCUUUUAUUAAAGUUUUCUCAAGGGACAGUCGGUUUAUGCUUUUAUAUUCCAUCGGAAAUUUCAACCUCAAGUUCCGGAAAACUAAAAUACUUCAUAACUGGUAAAUUGAUUGAGGUUGAGAUUACGACUAACGGUGCUCAUGUGGAUUGAUCCUAGGCUAGACCUAUCUCACAAAUAUUUUAAGGCCAGGAGAUGGAUAAGUAUUACGACACAGCUGCUCAAAGUGCGUUUGUUCAAGUUAUCAGGUUCUUCAGAAGCAUAGAACAAUGAAAUGAAGAGAUCGAGAUUAAUGUAAAAAAUGAAGUAAGACCUAGAACACACUUUUUAUUCUCUUAGUUUCAGCAAACACCAGGACGAAAAGUAGGCAAAUUUACUCAGAGAGGAUAUGUAUUGGCAGAUAAUUACGGAUGGAGAUUGGUAACAAUUAACUUACAAAUAUCUGAUGCUCCAGCCUUACCUACAUGCUCUUUUGAUUAAUUGACCUUGAGCAACAAUGCUCAAUAACCAACGCGAAAAAUCAGAACACAGAUUGGUGACUCGAGAAUCCUUUAUUCUCGCACCAAUAUGGAGCGAACAAUAAGAUUAUUAUACACAAAAUCUAAGAAUAAAUGUCAUAACAAUUAGUCACAAUAAUACUUCUAAUAGUAUUUCUCCGUCUUCUAACGAACUGCAGUAUCGGUGACUCCCGCCGAAAUAUGAAGUUGGUUUUGAGUCAACAAUCAUGAAUUGAUCGUUCAUUCUUCAACUACAUUGACAGGAACCAUUCAACCUCAGUAGUCGCUGGACGAAGUUGCGUAACUCUAUCAAUGCACUAUCGCUGCUCGAAGACUGUUUAGCAAAUGAGAGCAUUUAAGUAACUUGCCGUUUUGUUAUUUCUAGAAUGCUAUCAGCAGAAAUGGCUAAAUCGUCUAUAAUGACACCUUUGAAUGUCACGAGAACAGCUUGUAUUGACCGCGGCAAUUUGGAAAAGAACAGCUCUCUUAAGGUAUAAGUAUAAAACUUGGGUACUGUGGUAGAUUGUCACUGCAUUACAGAUAAGAUUUUAUUUUGA